AUGCCAGGCCUCGAUCCAAUUUGUGGCCGAAUCGACAACUACAAAAUAAUAUUGGCCGUCAACCGGCCCGGCAGAAUCUGCGUGGAGUCUUUCCCACGGUUCCGCUUGGGGCCACGGAGCGUGUUAUAUCGAUUCUCUGAGGGGUUGGCCAGCCCCUUUAUCAGACUGAUUUUAACCGCCGACCCUCCACAGGCCAUAAACGGCGGGUCCCGGCCCCAAGCAAAGUUGCCAGUUCCUUGGCGAGCCAUUCUGACGUCAGUGCCACUGCUGUCCCUCCUGGUGGCGCACCUGGGCUACUUGUGGGGCUACUGGGUCCUCAUCGCCUGCACGCCCUCUUACAUCAACAACCUCCUGGACGUCGGCAUCGAGUGGAAUGGCCUGCUAUCGUCUGCGCCACAAGUGGCCAUGAUGGUCUCAUCCAUGUUGUUUGGCUGGCUAGGAGACCAAAUUGAAUCGAGACACUUGCUGUCGACCACGGCGAACAGGAGACUCUUCAAUACGAUUGGCAUGUGCGGUCCGGGCCUCAUGUGUCUUCUGAUAGCGUUGUUCGGUGCCUCAAACCCCGCUCUGGCCCUGAGUGUCCUCACCGUCUACGGCGGGCUCAUCAGUGCCAGCUUCGCCGGCUCCCUCAUCAACUACGUGGACCUGUCGCCCAACUUCAGCGGAGUCACGUUCGCGUUCGGCAACAUGGUGGGGGCCUUCGGGAGCGCCUUCGCGCCGUACGCCGAAGGCUUCUUCGUAGACCGUAAGGAUCCCAUGCCAGGAUGGAGUAACGUCUUCUACCUAACGGCGGCGGCGUACUUCGUGCUGAACGGUGUAUGGUACAUUUGGUGCAGUGCAGAAGUGCAGCCCUGGAACAACCCACCGCGUGUAGACACGGACUACCUGGAGAAAACAAGCUCAUCUGGAAACCUUUCACCUCAAAAAACAGGGAUCCGGUCAGAAGUCUCGUUUCAGAACAAAGAAUAAACAAAAAAACUGGA